ACGUGCGUUUCACCAUUAUCAAGAGGUUCAAGUGUAUUCUUAGACGCGGAUAACAAUAUACGAAAUUGGCACAACGGUUGGUUUCCCGACGGCGAGUCUAAUCGACAAAUUUUAUCACUAUGGAGCCUCGUGAACGUGUCUCGAAUUUCGCUGUAAAAGAUGAACCGAUUGAAAUUUGUGAAGAAAAAGAAUACAUUCGCGACAGCAUUGAUCGUGGAAAGGUCAUCGUCGUGGUAUCACCGACAGAGACAAAACCGCUUGCUUCCAGUGAACAUUUGAAGAAUAAGAUCAAUAAUAACAUGAGCUUUCUAGACAUUAUCUCUCCUAUGCAUUCUUUCGAAGAGAAGAAUUUCGAUAACGACAACGAUGACGACGACAACGACGACGAUGAAGACGACGACGACGAUGACGAGGACGACGACGACGAUAAGGAGAAUAUGAAGAUAAAACGCAUUUCCAGUGAAUCGAAGCAAUCGUGUGGCAGUCGUGAAGUAGACAAGAUUUUUCCUCAGCAACAGCAUCGGACACAGGGAAAUCGAUCGCCGAGACGUAAAAGUACUAGUAUCCCGACGUUGUUAUGCAUUGAUAACAACAAACUUGUGGAUGCGACGGCAGCUGCAGGAGUUAAACGCAAGAUCCCGAGACCGGCAAACGCUUUUAUGCUGUUCGCCAAUGAAUGGCGGAGGAAACUAGCUGCAGAGAAUCCUCGGGAAUCCAAUAAGGAUAUCAGUGUCAGGCUAGGCGUUUUUUGGAAAAACAUGUCGAAGGAUAUAAAGGAAAAAUAUUUUGCAUUGGCACGUGAAGUGGAUAAGGAGCAUAAGAGAAAGUAUCCUGAUUAUGUGUAUAAUCCAAAGGAGGCGAGGCUACGGAAGGCGAUGCGCGAGCAAACUCGCGAGCUGUCACGACGGUCGAUCUUGCAAAGCGCGAUCGCGACCGCAAACGCGCGCACAGCCGCGAUUGGUGGCGCUAAUUCCGUCGUUUCCGCAUCAAUGGCCGGCGACUUUCUAAAUCAACAUCAUCGUUUCGAUUGCACGCCGAUGCCCAUGGGUCCAAACGUGAGUCCUCAUCAGACGACCGAGCCCUGGUUCCAGGCCGCGCAUCGCCUGAAACCCGCACACUCGCCACGAAUCGGCGAUUGGUAUGGGAAUAUGUGCGGCGAUCCGAUCGAGAGGCUGCAAGCAAUGGGUGCGAUGCAACAGCACCAACACCAGCACCAGCACCAGCACCAGCACCAACAGCGGCAGCAGCAACAACGUAAUCUCGAGAAGCCUAUCAAGGACCAAAGAAAUCAGACAUCGGAAUGCGCCACCGCGGCAUUUUCCUCCAACGGCUAUUCACCGGAUAUCCAGGCCGCGGAAAGAGAAAUUCGCAGACCAGAAUCUGCGGAAUACGCCGACUUUGUCGACGGCCAGAAGUGGCAUCCUUAUCAAAACAGCGCUAGUCCUCAUCCACUUCCGAGAACGCCUCAUUCAUCACCACAAAUGGGUAGCAUUCUUCACCCAGAUGUCCAGAAUGCAAACGCGCAUGGACAUGGUCCAUGGGGCCAAUUUUGUCACGGUAUUUUACCACAUGUUUCAAGUGUGGCUCGUAACGCGACGAUUCGAGGUCCGCGACAUGCAGUUUUCUUACGGGAUCGUACACCAACCAGACACUGUGCAUUCUUGGAGGAUGCAUCGCAAAUGAGUUAUUCGCCGAGGAAAUUGAACAUUGAUAGCAUUCGCGCGUCUUAUCCAUCGUCGGAGCAUCAGAUGCCAAGAUUGUUGGGAUCAGCGGUGGAUUCCGUCAUAGACUCGACGACGACGACGACGACGACGACGACGACAAUGUCGACGACGACGAUAAAUCGACGUGAGGAAGAUGGUCGGACCAGAUGGGAGCCAAAUAAUAUUGGGAUGCCUCUGGGCGAACUCGUGCCAACCUCUACGCCUCAGGAAGGUACGAUUUCUCGUGAAAAGGAGCAGGAAUCUCGGCAUUCGAGCGAGCGAUUUGAGCUGAAGAAGAAACCCGUCUCGAAGCAGCCGCUUCCAGGUUUCCAUCAGGCUUUUGGCUCCACGGAGAUCGGCAAGUUCUCCAGGUCCGAGUUCUUCGUGAAUAUGGUAGGUGAGAGUGGCAGCGGUGGCGGUGUUACAUCGGAUGACGGCGACGGUAUCGAUGGCGGCGACGAUGGUGAUCUGAUCCCAGAAGCCUAUUUAACGACUCCCUUGCUGUUUCCCUGUCCAUCGAAAUCCCACGGUAUCCUAGGAGCCAAUACUAUUCACGGAUUCACAGAAGAUGGACGAUUGAUAUCGCAUAUUUUGCCGAAUGAGUAUUGUUGGUUCACUCAGACCGGACACGCAAUAGCCAGAAUUCCUGAUAGCCUUGUGACUUACGCGGCUUUAGUGGAUUAUUCCAAUCAGACAAAGUGGAUUCAGCAAAAAGCAACGAUUCCGCAUCCGACGGAGUUCCCGAUGUUGCUCGGUAAUCAUAUGGGAUACGAAAGAAUCAUUAGUGAUCGUGCACGACGAAAUUAUGCCAUCAUCAGCGUAGAUGAAUUGAGAGAUCCCAAUAUUCAACGAGAACGCGAAACUAUCAAUUUGAAGAUAAAUCAGGAUAAAAACUCGCCCGACUUGGACACGUAUAAAUCUAACGAGAAAAAAAAUUAAAGAAAAUCAGCAGUUGAUACCAUUAUUAAUAA